AUGGACAAGAAAUCAAUAAAUCGAUCUACUAUACAACAGUCGAGGGCAACCGCCGUCGACUGUAAAAAAAGUUCAGAAUUGACACAUAAGCCGUGGCCACGGAAUAACAAGAAACGUGAAACAUCUGGAAACCUACCGAAAAAUGAAAACAACCGCAAAAACACCCCGGCACAGAGAGGUAGAGGUCAGGGUGAUAAAAGGCCUCGUCCACGUGGUGCCAAUAACUUUGUUGUGGGUGGAGCGCAGAACACCGGGCUAGAAAAUGAGGAGGAGCCAGAAUUAGGUUCUUUGUUCAUGCCAGGAAGCAAAAAGCAAAAUUUUAAUCAUUUGCUGAACUUCAUGUACUCCCCUCGAGGUAGCAAUGAGCGGAGAGGGCCUCCGCCUCGCAGGACUGUUCAGAAUAGAGUGCACCAUCAUUUUGAACAUGAUCUCUACUUGAGGGCAUAUUGCCAAUUUAUUGUGAAGCAAGAUGGAGAUUACAAGGAAAACUUGUUGAACCCUGACCUACCAAUUAAAUGGGAGCAAAUUGAGGAAAUUGUGGUUCGAAGGGCUGGUAAUUGCCAAUGUCCGAUUUGUCUAGGCCACCCGGUAGCUGGACGCGUGGGUAUUUGCGGCCAUGUAUACUGCUGGGCAUGCAUUCUACAUUACUCCACCACUCAUGAAAAGCAGCUUCCGCCAUGCCCAGUCUGCACAGUUACUCUUCAGGUGGCUGACAUGAAACCUACAAGAUUAGUGCAAUGGGACACUCCGGAGGAGGUCACAAUGCGCCUUGUACGACGUCUACGUGGUUCUACCGUAGUGGAAGUUGCGCCUCCAAGAGGCAUUAUAACGGAAAUUAAAGAAGCCAACACUUUGCCACUAGAGGAGCAACCCGUCUCGCCGUAUGCAAGAAUAUUCUCUGCUAAUCACCAACAGGUUCUUAACAUCAUUGAGCGUGAGAAACAAGAAAUAGAAGCUCAAAUCCAAGCAGAGAUAGACACAACUGAGUUAGUUUACUUGGAACAAGCGUUGAACAUGUUAAAAAUUAAAAAAGAUGUUAUACAAUGCCAACAUUUGGAACCGCAGCCUGUAUACAAUGAUGACCAGGAGAAGAAAAUUGUUAUUGAAAAACAUAAUCCAAGCAAUAAGAAAUAUGACUGGUUUGAUGUUGAUGAAGAUAAAGGUGCUGCCUGUUUGGAUGAGUUCUCUGAAUUAGAAAUCAAUGAACAUAAACCAGAACAGGAGGUAGAAAUAGACGAUGCAAAGAAAUAUGGUUUCGAUCUAAAUGACAAUCCACUAGAGGACUUGGAUGUUAGGGAUAGCCCUCCAGAAGUUGACCAAAAUAACCUGACUGAAAUUGAUAGAGAGAAUCAAUCGAGAUAUUUCUACUUUUAUCAAGCGGACGACGGUCAGCAAGUGUUUUUGAACAGCCUGAACGUGAGAUUGCUGGUCGCGUCUUGGGGCGCCCUGGUCGCUGCCCCGCCGGUCAUCCGCGCGAGGGUACUCCACCGUGAUACUGUCUCUCUUGGUGAACAGACGAGAAAACACAUGCCAUACACUGCGCAUCUGCCUCUACAUUGCUCGUUUGACGUGGUCGAACUUGACCUGAAGCCACCGCAUGUUACAAUAAGUGCACUGGAAAAUUUUGCUGUGGAGAUAGAGCGUCGUGCACGCAACCGCGCCCGCCAAGAACGUGAGGAACGACGCCGCGAGAGGGCCUACAAUCGCGCUAUGGAGGGCCCUCCUAAACCGGACUUCUCUUCAGAUAUACUGUUCCCGCCAACAAUAUCGCCCUUCGGAAGUCCACCACAAGCGGAACCCAAUUUAUUUGAUCCCGGCCCUUCUACUAAUCCAUAUGGAGAACAACCUACACCAUCUACCAGUAGUAGUUCCGGUUUAUCCUUUGCUAAGAUGGCCGGCGCAGGCGGAACUUGGCGCGUUCGCAAGACUACAGCGGCACCGCCGCCACCGCGCAACGACGACGACAAAGAAAGCCACGCACCCCGCUCUCUUGUCCUCAGCGAUGCCAUCGAAGCCGCAUUGCUGGCCGGCCCUUCAAGUCCCGCGCCGUCCAACAAAAAGAAAAAGUCCAAACAAAAAUUAUUAUUCGCCACCGGCAUGAACCGGUCUCCUUAG